AUUGACCCGGACUGCCAGGUCAUGGUGCCGCCGUGGUUUAGCCCUUCAUUCAGCUGACUAAGCCUUUGAUCCCCGGACCCUCACGAAUACCAUCAUCCGCAUCAGCUUGGCACACCGGUUCCUUGCCAGGUUUCCGCACGGGAGGCACCAAUCUCUAGGAAUUUCAACGAAUUUACGAUCAGAGGCGGGCAACUGUCCCCGGCUGCGACAAGGUCCGGGUUGUGUGGGCCACUAUAUAAUUCGGACGCGCUCCACAGACUAGUCCAUCACCUCCUCCUCCUCUCUCAAAUGCUCUUCUCUCUUGUAUUCACCGCGCUCUUGACUAGUGUUGCGCAGGGCCUCAUCAUCGAGCGGUUCGCCACCCCUGCCGGCGGCCAGUGCAUCACCGCCUCCUCCAACGCGGACGGCGCCGCCCUGGUCAUCGACAACUGCGACACCGUGAACAGCCCCGCGAGCCAGGAAUGGUCGUUCUCGCCAUUCACGCGCCAGAACUCCGGCCCCCAGCCGAUCAAGGUAUUCGGUAAUAAGUGCAUCGACGUCACGAACGGCGUCAAGGCCAACGGCACGAAGCUGCAGAUCUGGACGUGCGCGGCGGGAAAUACCAACCAGCAGUGGAUCUCCGCGACCGACAGCACCCUGCGCUUGAAUGGCACGAACAUGUGCAUCGACCUCACGGAUGGGAACGGCACCCCCGGGACGCAGCUGCAACUCUGGACGUGUGCGUUCCGGAACACGAACCAGCAGUGGACGGCCCUGCCCAACCCGAGACUCGUCUCGAAUGUCCUCACGACCGUCGUCUCGUCCACGGACACGGUCGCACACUGCAUGGCCGCGGUGUCCAACGCGGACGGCGCGGCGGUCGUGAUCGUCGGCUGCCUCGAGACGGACUUCGCGAUCGAGCUCCCCAACGGUAACAUCACCUGGACGGCCCCGUCGCAGGGCUUCACCGGCCCCAUCACGACGUACGACAACAAGUGUCUCGACGUCACGGGCGGAUCGACCGCCGACGGCACGAAACUGCAGAUCUGGACGUGCACCCCGGGAAACACGAACCAGAUCUUCACGAACAACGGUGACCAGCUCGUCUGGGCUGGAAAGAACAAGUGUGUGGAUCUGACCGACGGCAGUCUCGUGAGCCGCAACCCGGUGAAUCCAAACCUGGGGUUGUGCGUCCCCAUCGAACAGCAACAACCACCAGGAUUGGUUCGUCUCGCCCCUCUCCCUUUGAGGGCAGACAUCAGCUUCUUGUAUCUCGGACAGUCGGACUCGCGUAAGUAAAACACAAGAAUCUAGCACUGAUAAGUUGGUAGUCGAGACUUCUGUAGUGUUCACUGCUUGCUGAACAUUUAUGCUUUGAGUGGAAAAUCGUGUUGCACGCUCGCUCUUGUUGCCUAAUCGCGACGUCAGAAGCUGGGCAAUCGUUAUCGUCCUUCGUGGACAGAUAUUUUCUUCAACUUUUUUCGCUUAAUCUUACCUUGAGGGUUUCAAAAGAUAUCGGUCUAUCAAGCAGAUAAGAUGACACCAUGCUGAGUCCUGAGGUCCCCCAAAGCAACCAUAACGGGCCUUCUUGCUCGGAAGUGUUGUACAUUGCCACCAGCAAGACGAAAGCAAUUCAAUAUGUAUUUGAGGUUUGCCGUAAGGAAAAAACUAGCAUGUAACAGGAGAUGGUGA